UGAUGAAUGGAUCGGGUGUGCAGACUCUCCUACGCUCUCUUACAUAACAGGAAGUGACAACAUUCACCGUAUGUGUGAAGGGGGUGUGGUAGUGAAGUCAGUAGAAAAAGGUGCUGCCGCUAUUGUGGAGUUUGAGUUGGGGGCACAAGGUACAGCCAACGCGCAGAAACUCAGGUCAAAAUGAAGAGUCUGGUUGGAUAUUGUGUGCUCAUCUUGGCAUUUCUCUUGAGCUGCACAGAACAGGCUGAGAAACAGCAGAGAGCAGUUUCUCCUCAAGGAACAGACUGCACACAGAUUAAGGCUCUCUCACCACGAGCAUCCAGUGGGGUUUAUGUAAUCAAGCCUCCCGGAGUCAAGACACCGUUCAAGGUGUACUGUGAGAUGAGGGCAGACGGAGGCUGGAUGGUGUUUCAGAGGCGCAGUGGAGGAGCGGUUUCCUUCAACAGGAAAUGGGCAGCAUAUAAAAAUGGUUUUGGAGACCUGACACAGGACCACUGGCUUGGUCUGAAGAAGGUUUACUCUGUUACCAAGAAUAAGACCAAGAACUGGAUCAUGAGGGUGGACUUGUUGGACCAUGAAGACGUCAGUGCUUUCGCUGAGUACAAAAACUUUAGACUGGAAAAUGAGAAAGCAGCUUUCAAACUGCAUGUUGGGAAAUACAGCGGAAAUGCAGGUGAUGCCAUCCGUGGUACCUUUCCAGGCAUUGACCAGAACGGGUUCGGUUUCAGCACUAUUGACCGUGACAACGACGGCUGCUCCCCAUGCAUCUUUGGAGACAUUGCUGAAAAUCAGUGUGCCUCUUCAGAGGGUGGUGGUUGGUGGUACAGUCGCUGUGGCUCUGCCAGUCUAAAUGGUGACUGGCAUCCUGCUGGUAACCACAUCGGUUGGGCAUCUGGCCUUUACUGGCACAGCUGGAAAACUACUGCACCUUACUCAGUCAAGGCCAGCAGGAUCAUGAUCAAGUCUGCAUGAGAGGAGCCCACUCAUGUUUAACUUCAUGUUUGGCUUUUGUUGUAGCACAGCAAGAUUGGUAGGUUGUCUUGUUUAUAUCACGCUUCCAGGGUGUUUCUGCCUUUGGAGAUUGUAUAUUUUUUUUCCAAACAUCUUUAUGUCAGUGCAUCAGACAAAGUAACAGUUGAGAAGUAGAUGUGAAAUUGAAAUUGCACCAAAUAAUGUGGAUAUUUGGUCUGUGCCAGUGAAAGACAUUUGAAAUGAUGGAUGCCAGUAAUUUUAUUUACAGACAUCCCCAAAAUUAUUACACACUUAGGAUUUGUUGUUUUACAAAUCAACCAACUUUAGAAAUCUGAAGUCAUUUCAAAAGCAUGGAGGGCUGAAUGCUAUUGCCCAGUCAUAACUGUUUUUAUUUUACUUUGUUACUUUCAGUGUACUAAGUCACUUUGCUCAUAAUUUUGAUUCAUUUGAUGCAGCAAAUUAUAUAUAUACAUAUACUGCACACUUUGUGUAGAUCUUUGCAGUAGUAGUGCUAACAAUUCCCAAAGUUCAUUUAUCUCAUUGUGAAACAUCUAUGUAUAAACUACAUGGUCAUUAAAUGCUUUUGUUUGCAGAA